UACUGGCCAGUUUUUGUGCAUUGUUGGUAACUGUGUGGAGUGCUUGGGUGAGUGUGACUUGUGUUAGUUAUAUAUUGUGUGUUAGUGUGUGUGUUGUAAGCUACAUUGCGUGUCUGUGUUAGUUAUUUUGUGUUGUUUGUCAGUUAUUGUCUGUGAGUCCUACACUUGUAUCAGUGUGUCAUAUUGUGAGUGUAAGUGUGUCACUGUGUACUGUGUGUGUUUGUUAUUUUGUUAUUUUAAGUUGUGGGUGUGCUACUGUGUUAUUCUGUACAGAGUCUGUGUUACUGUGUUAUUCCGUACAGAGUCUGUGUUACUGUGUUAUUCUGCACAGUGUGUGUUACUGUGUUACAGUGCGCUGUUUGUGUGACUCCUGUCUGUGCACUGUCUGUGUUACUUUGUUGCGUUGUACAAUGUGUGGUGCAUGAUUACAAAGAGGCCCAGAUCACUUUCGUGAAGUGGAUAUGGACCCCACGAGGAUCAGUUCCUGUCUGCUGAGUCUGAUGCUGAUUCUGCACAGCUCUGAGCUGCAGGGUGCAUUUUUGGCAGGACAGCCACAUGCUGUGGAUGUCGUGCUGCCAUGCUCACACGUUCUGGUGGAGGAAGGUAUGGGCAGAGGUAUGGGUGGGCUAUCGUUUCAACGAAGAGACAUCACUCUGGUGCUGCGGAACGUUACGAUUAUAGGAGACGAAGAGAAGGAUCCAAUAACAGACUAUGUGCCACCAGAGGAUGUGGAAACCACCACUUUCCAAGCUACAGUGAAUUUCCCCCCACUGCCGUUUGCAAAGCGCUUGUUACAUGCGGAAUGCGAAGGGGAGGAGUUGACAUGUGAACUGUCCCAUCUCUAUACUGAGUUCUAUGUUGUCCACCUUCGCCUCCCUGACCUCAGCCUGUCCAUAUUGCUGAGAGUAGAGCAACAGGACAGAGACCUAACAGAGAUCUCAGAGGAGGAGAAGAUCAUCGUUCCUGUGACAGUGGACCUCUUGUUAUCUUCCUUCCCUCCAUCACAUUUAACCUCAACUUCAAAAGACAUAUCCUUAAACUGUGAAUUGUGGGGAAGCUCUGAGGAGAUAAAGGUGGAGUGGCACCUGCAGUCUGGAGGAAAAGGACAAAUGAUUGUACCAGAAGAAGGUACUCGGAUAAGUAUAGAGCCAGGAACAUCGCAAAACAGCCAAGAAAUGUCUCUCAACAUAAAAGGAGUUCGUGUACAGGACGAGGGGACAUAUAUCUGUACAGUGAACACAAAGCGACAUCAGAUGCAACAGAUAAUUAAACUACAGGUCAGAGAUCCCCCUUUGGUGACAUUAUCUCUUACUGGAUCUCCCCAGCCUAGACUGGUCUGCCGCACAGACCGGUACUAUCCCCUUGACGUUGAGAUCUCCUGGCUGCGGGGUGGGGAGCAGUUUACUCAUGACUCCCAUGUAACCUCCAGCCAUCGAAUGAACAUUGAUGGAACGUUCAACCUGACCAGUUACUUGAGUGUUCCCAUUCCCCCCACCGGCGCUCCACCUGACAUCUACACCUGCUCUGUGUCACACAUCUCUAUCAGUGAUCCAAUUGAGGUCUAUACCAGUGUCCCCCCAAAAGACUUGGAAAGAUCGAUGGGAAUUUCUGGCUUCUUAAUUUCGUCUGUGAUAUUCGUCCUUGGAAUCAUUAUGUGGAAAAAAAGAUGGGCUCACGGCAGCGAUCACAGUGAUGGCAGAGACAGAGUGAGACUGACACAGACAGAGUGAGAACGACAGACAGACAGACAGACAGACAUACAGACUUGAAUCCUACUUUAUUCCAAUGGGCAGAUAUUCGGUUUGAACAGUUUCCUCCAAUAUAACAUAUUUAUUAUAGUCUGUGUAUAUUUCACUAUAGGUUUAUUUUUAGAUUUUGUCUGGGUGAACAGAUUCAAUCCAGAUAGCUCAUUAAAGGGACACUAUAGGCACCCAGACCACUUCAGCUCAUCAAAGUGGUCUGGGUGCAGUAUCCUAGGUCCCUUAACCCUGCAGUAGUAAUUAUUGCAGUUUUUUAAUAAACUGCAAUAAUUACCUUUGAGGGUUCACUCCACCUCUAGUGGCUGUAUACCAGACAGCCACUUUAGGGACAGGUCAUUAAGCGACUUCUGGUCGCUAUCCAUGAGGACAUCCUGCAUCACCGAAAACCCCAUAGGAAAGCAUUGUAUAAUGAUUUCCUAUCGGUGUAGUACUAAUGCGAGCGUGCCCAUUGCAUUAGGUCUCCCCCAACGUCAGAGGAGUGAAGACGGAACCAGCGCUGAGUGACAUCAGCGGUGUAAUCAUAUGACAGAAGGGGUGUUUAACCACUUCUGCACCACAAGGGGGGGAGGCGCGAGGUAGGAGGGCACUAUAGGGAGCUAUAGCACUAUAGGUUGCCUUUAAUAUGACUAUGAUACACUGGGUUGUAACUUGAAAGUCUACAAUUUGGGUAAAUUAAAGUGAAAAAAUUAAUAAAAUCGCACCGAUUUCAACACUUGAACCAAAUGAUCAAUAACCUUGUUAAAUAAUAACAAUAACUUAGCUGGGUUAUUUACCAAACUGUGACUUGUCAGAAAUUCACAAAGAGAUUUCACAUUUCAGGCCAAUAUAGUGCAAAUUGAUAAAGUCUACCACUCUAUUGUGUCCCAUAAUUUGCAAUUCCUUGGAAAACCUCCUGACAAUUCCCUUUUAACUCCUUAUAAAUUAAUGGUGCAAUGAAAUAAUUAAUGGUUUCAUUACUAAUUUGCAAGAACUGGGCUUUUACCGUUAACAGCCUUGGAGUAAUUCACAAAAAUGAAUUAGGAGUAUUGAAAAGAAAACUGGAAUUUUUAAGGCAAAGUAGCCAAGUUGGAACGUACUUGGAGAAGGUUUUUUCGAUUUGUACAAAAUGAGCAACUUCCUUGUCAAUUGUAAAUAGUUCUUGGGAGUUAUUACAGCUCAGGAAGACGUAACUGUAAACAUAAAUUAUAACAGUAGAGGGCACUGUAAGCACAGCCAAUAACCCAUAAUGCACAAUAUUUACUAAAGCAAGAAUUGGAGAAUUACUGGGAAUUCAUAGUGAAUUUCAAAUUUAAGAUAAAAAGUUUAAGAUAAAAAAAAUAAUCAGCUAUACUUUAAGUCUGGCUAUUUUGGUCUACAAUUUAAAACUCAAUUUCAAUUGCCGAAAGUUCUCAAUUCAGUAAAUGAAUUAUUCGUGAUUUUAUUCUUAAUAAAAA